AUGGAUUUGAGCUUCGACUUCAGUGGUGGAUAUGAUGAUUCAGAUUGGGUUAGUGAAGAAGAGUACUUCGAAGUGUCCUCCUCGAGUGGGGAUGAUGAGGACGACCCCAUCGACAACGACUCCGAUGCGGCUGAGAUGGGUGAUGACCCCCACGCGAGUGGCAUCAGUUCAGAUUCGAAGACAUGUCUGGGUGAUGCUCCUUGUUUUAAGUCGACAGAGGAUUUCUUAGACAAGGUGUUCACUACCGAGGAAGAUUCAUAUGCGGCAUACAAACAGUUUGCCCCCCUAAGGGGGUUUGGUGUAAGGAAGGGUAACGUGGCUCGAAUAAAUGGUGUUUUGGUUUGGAAAGUCAGGAGGAUAGACGACAACCAUAACCACCCUCUUGCUACCACCAUGUUUACUCAUCUUCUUCCAAGUCAUCGGAGACUAAGUGAGAGUGAUAAGGCUCAAGUGGAUAGUCUUAAAAAGUUCGGGAUUGCCACUUCGAAAAUUAUGGCUUACAUGGCCGGGCAGUCAGGGGGUUAUGGGAUGCUUCGUUUUACGAAGAGGGAUCUCUACAAUUAUGUUCACAGCCAAAGAAUAGCACAAAUAAACGACGGAGACGCGGCAGCAACGAUAAGUUAUUUGAAAGGCAAAGCCAACGCUGACAUGAUGACGGUCGCCAGAUAUACCAAAACAGCAGAAGACAGACUUGGAAGCCUAUUCUGGGCUGAUGGGCAGAUGAUGGUAGAUUAUCGUCUGUUUGGUGACGUGCUUGCAUUUGAUGCAACAUACCGGUCCAACAAGUACAAGAAGCCUCUAGUAGUCUUCUCUGGAUCAAAUUAUCACAGGCAAACCGCAAUUUUCGGUUUUGCGUUGCUGGAGGAUGAGGAGGUCCAUACAUAUAGGUGGGUGUUGUUGAAUAUUCUAGAUGUCAUGGAUAAUAAGAAGCCUGCCGUUGUGGUCACCGACGGGGAUAAAGCAAUGCGAGCAGCCAUUGCGGAUGUGCUGCCUUCAGCCAGGCAUCGCCUCUGUGGGUGGCACCUGGAGAAAAACUGUGUCCUUAGGGUAAAAGAACCUGAAUUUCGAAAGGUGUUCAAGAAGGCAGUUUACGCAAACUUCGAUGUUGCGGAGUUUGAGGAGUAUUGA